GAUGAUAGCAAAAUACAUUUAAUAAUAUUACACUGGAGACAGCAUUUGACACCACCGAACUAUUUUAGCUCGGAUUGCUCUACAAGGAUCAAGCCCUGGACAUCGACCAAAAUGAACCAUAUGCAGUAUUCUAAUUUUUGGUUUAUGUUUCUCGUUUUCACUUUGAUCUCGCGGACUGUUAAUGGAGUCUGUAAGCCACAGCCAGAAUGCGGACGAGCAACACCAAAGAAUGUUAAGUUUUCUGGUCCUAUAACUGGGCCGAGAUAUUAUUCACAUCCAGGACCACUAACUUUGACCUGCAAUGCAUCUGGCGAUAUACAAGAGAUGUACUGGAAACGAACUGAUAAUGAUGCUUUGGAUAUUUGCUGUAAUAAGCAGAUAACAAAACGACCCAAAACAAUAGAAAUAAGGAAAUCUACAAAUACUCCAAGCAAAUGCAUUAAAGAUGUUUUGAUUAUUGUUGAUACUUCAACUUGGCGAGAAUACAUAAACUUUAUAUUCUGUACAGUCUUUCUUAAUGUACUUGUCGACAAUCUUCAACUGAAUGUCUCACCAGAAGGAAGCCAUAUUGCAAUCAUGACGUUUAGUAAUGAGAGAACUCAAAUAAUAUUAACAAUGAAAAGUCGGAAUAAAACGGAUGUGCAAAGAAGAAUCUUCGGGCUCCGCCAUCCCUUUUGGAUAAAUUAUUAUGAAAAAAGAACAGAUGUAGCUUUAUUAAAAGCAAACGAGAUAUUCAAGAGAAAUAAUUCACUAAAUCAUCGAGAAGAUAAAGAUGAUGUCAUAAUUCUGCUCACUGAUGGAACACCAACGCGAAGGGCGGGAAAAGGGGAACAACCGCAGGACACCGCCAUAGCUGAAGCAAAGAAACUGAGAGACAAAGGCAUAAUCAUUGUUGGAAUUGAUGUUGGUAACCGUCAACAAAAUGUUAGAACUGUGCCAUUCUUGACAAAUAUAUCAACAGCUGGUCAAACGCUUCCAUCAACAUAUCCUGAUUUGAUUCUGUUGAGCGACAGAAUAGUCUACGCUUUCUGUCCCAGACCUCCCCCUGGACCAAGUGAACCUAGAAACGUAUCCGUCGUGGUACAAGAAAGAAGUUUAACACUUUCAUGGCUGAACCCAGAAAUUGCUGCUGAUAAUAUUGUCGAUCAUUAUCUAGUAUCGUGGGGGACAAAUCAGAGUGACUUUUUACUCCAAAAACAGGUUGUGUCAAGUCCUUUUUUAUCUGAUUUUGAAAAACCUGGAUUGUACAAUUUUAAAGUGCAAGCUGUUGAUAAGAAUGGUAUUGGUGAAGCCGUCUAUCUUUACAACGUAACAAUCAAGGGACGGAAGGAUGUUCCAACAAAGAGUGCAGAGAAUACACGAGUUGUUUCAACGGACAAAAAACAAAUAACAAAAGCUGUAAAUUCACGAUCAGACAAUAAUGUUCAUGCUAUUGCAGGGGGCGUAGCAGGAUCUGGUGUGUUUAUUUGCCUGGUUGCGUUUUCCCUUUUAUUUAUAGUAAAGAAAAUUCAGAAUAGACGCAGAGAUAUUUCGAUCAAGGAAUUUGAAUCCUGGAUCACAAACCGUCCCAAAACAAAAAAUUCCCGAAACGAUAAAUUGCUUGAGCUAGAACAGUUGAACAAAGAAAGUGAGCUCCAGCCAGAAGAAAUCUCAUAUGUAACCUUAUUGAAAGACUGGGAAAUUUCGCCAAACCACUUGUACAUAAUGGAAAAAACACUCGGGGCUGGACAAUUUGGAAUCGUUAAGCAAGCUUCAUAUACGGCUCCGGGACACGAUAAUCCUGAACUUGUUGCUAUCAAAAUGUUGAAAGACACUGCGAAAGAAUCUGAUAUAUCUGAUCUUUUGGCCGAGUUGGAGAUCUUGAAAAAAAUUAACAAAGAACCACAUCCAAAUGUAAUACGAUUUAUAGGCGGUUGUUUAGUGGAAGGAAAACUAAUGGUGGUGACAGAGUUCUGCUCUGCUGGAAAUCUUCAGAAAUUUCUGAGGAAGAGUAAACUUAUUACUAACCUUGGCUCGCAUAUAACUUCCACCUUGAACGAUCGUCAACUCUUGAAAAUUGCCGUUGAUGUGGCAAGUGGAAUGGCGCAUCUUUCGAAUCAAAAGUUUGUCCAUCGUGAUUUGGCAGCCAGAAAUAUCCUUCUUGCCGGUGAAUUAGAAAACGUUGCAAAAAUUUCUGAUUUCGGUUUGGCGAGAGAUAUUGGAAGUGCUGAGGAAUAUAUACGAAGCAAUCAGAAUCUUCUUCCUGUUAAAUGGAUGGCCUUGGAGAGCCUAAUUCAUGGUAUAUUUACAACAGCCAGCGAUGUAUGGAGUUUUGGCAUCCUUCUUUAUGAAAUCGUGACUUUGGGCGAAGAGCCGUACAAGGCGAUGUCACCGUAUAACAUAAUCAAUCAUGUCGGAUCCGGAUGCCGAAUGCCAAAACCACCUCACUGCUCAAUUGAAAUAUACGAAAUAAUGUCAAAUUGUUGGAAGGUUAAUGCGAAGAAUCGACCAUCCUUCUCUGAAAUCCACCAACGUCUUCAUGAUUUGAUGAGUAAUGAUGAGAAGUCUUACAUCAAUGUGAAGUCACUAAAGGAUGGAAAGCUUUGUUUAACGAUAAACCCAGCUGAGGUUGAGCUCAAGGAUGAGAAAAAUGAUGAUGUAACCGCUUGAAGAAACAGUUUCUAUGAAAUAUGGCUGAUAAUUAUGAGAAUAAUGUAGUUGUUCUCACGGUUUUUCUAUAAUCUCUUUUAUAUAUGACAGCGAUCCCAUAGGCUUAGCAUUUUGGUGAGUGAGACCUCAAAAUCAUAAUCACGUUAGGAAUUUUUAUUCUCAGACGAUAUUUAUCCUGUAAGGAAUACUGGAUAAUUGGAUUUAGCAUUCUAACAACAUCAAACAGCGAGUCAGUGGCGUAGGAAGCAUCCAGAGAUUAGCAAGACAUUGCAGAGAUUGGGCACCAGCUUCCAGGGGCACAUUAGGUUAAUAAAAAGGGCAGCUAAUGCGGUUUAAAUUUAUUAUCAACAAAAGUCGUUACUGUGAAACUAGCACAUGUAAAGGCCCUGUUACA